AAUGUCCCCUUUCCUUUAUGAGAACUGUUUGCUCUCUUUUUGUAAAGGUGGGUGUGGGAGGCAGGGAUAAAUAUCAGGUGUAAAUCUACCCCACACAUCUUUUCUGGCUGCAGAACAGCCUACGGAGGAGGCACAGAAGGCCUCUUCAAGACACUUAGACACUCCAGUUCAAGGGGAAAAGAGCAGCCAGGAUGGAGACCCUCUGUGCGUUCCUUCUGCUGGCAGUGGGGUCAGCACUGACGUCCCCUGUCAAUAACCCAAAAGAAUUGUUGAUGUAUCCUUAUGGGACAGCACAGGGUGACUCCAAGAACCCCAAGUCCGAUGAUGGGACAUCUCCAGAGGUCUCCAUUGCACUGCCCUUCACCUUUUAUGGCAAGAAAUACUACUCUCUCUAUGUCAACAACAAUGGGGUGAUCUCCUUUGGUGUGAAUGUCUCCCAGUUCACGCCUGAUCCUUUCCCCUUGGAUGGUGGAUCACCCUUUGUCGCCCCCUAUUGGGGAGAUGUCAACAAUGUUCUAGGUGGGGAUGUCUAUUGGAGACAGACUCAAGACCCAGCAGUGCUUAGUCGCUGCACCGCAGAUAUCAACAAGUACUUUCCAGAGGUCCCUUUCACAGCUCACUGGGCCUUCAUUGCUACCUGGGACCGAGUAGCCUACUUUGGAACUGCUUCAAAAAAGGUCAACACUUUCCAAGCUGUCUUGACCACCAAUGAGAAAAUAUCUUUAAUCAUUUUGAAUUAUUACGACAUUCAGUGGACGACUGGGAUAGCCAGCGGUGGGAAUGCCAGGACGGGUCUUGGAGGAAUUCCUGCACAGGCUGGAUUUGACAGUGGAGACAAGAAAAACUUUUACACCAUCCCAGGUUCCCGCACCGCUGAUGUGCUCAAUAUUGGGGGAACCAGCAAUGUGAAUGUCCCUGGGUGCUGGGUGUUCCAAGUGGAUGAAUUUGUGAUCGGAGUCACCACGGAGAAAAAUGAUUGCUUGGUUAGAUGAGACCACCUGCAACUCAGAGGGCUUCCUCCUCAUCCACCUUCAUCAAGACAGGAUGCAUUCAAAUCUUUGCAAAGAUUUCUCUGCUGCCCCCUAUAGCCAAUGUGGUUUCUGGAACCACGGCUGAUUGUAGUGUAGCAAUAAAAUGACU